AUGACGACCUCGCCCAAGGUAGACGUCGGCCUCAAGAAGACCUUGGAGGGCGCAGUCGAGGCUUCCUACCACCUCCAGGCUGCCAUCCGCGCCGACGACCAGGACGAAAUCAAGCUCGCGGCUUCUCGCCUCAACGCGCUCGUCAAGGAGAUGGGUCUCAUGCAGUGGAUCGUGGACGCCAAGAAGCUCCGCGAUACGACGACGCUGCUCACGCGCCUCCCCGUCCUCGACAAAAUGCUCGCGCAGACGAGCUUCGCGGUUUCGAACAUGUCCCCUGCGCCGACGGACGACCAAGUCGUGGCCCGUGCAAGCGGUGGGUCGGCGCUUGUCGGCCAUUGCUUUGGGUUUGCAAGCUCCUCCAAGGUCGCCGAAAUGACGAUCUUGCAGCCACCAACCAAGUGCCACUUGGAAGCGCCUACCCUCGACACGGAAAUCCAAGAUGCGUGGUUUAACGAUGUGACCGCCGUGGCAUCUUUCCGAGCGGCAAUGACCACGUCGGGCCGAACAGCGGUCGCCGACUCGACGGCGUAUCACGGCGACACGCUUCCUCCGCACUGCGCUUCCGUUGCACAUUUGACCUACGCGUUCGUGCCGAUGAAGUCGUUUUGCUUGGACGCGGCCGACAUGGUGCUCUCGGAGAAGGCGCUCGCCGACGCGGCUGCCGUGACGAGCGUCGAGGCGGCCAUGGACUUUUUGAGCGACUAUGGGUCGCACGUGCACACCGGCGUCUUUCACGUCGGCGGUAUCUUGUGGAAGACGGUGCACGUCAAGGCGGCGUCAAAAGCGGCUGUCCAUAUCAUGAAGGCCGCCUGCCCGAAUCCGGCGACCCGCGACCUCUCUAUCAGCUACAGCGAGUUUACGUUCCUGCGUGGCCUCGACACG